AUGAGUUUCCAAGCACCAUAUAAGCCACCGGAAUACUACCGACAGAGCCAAACCCCAGUCAGCAUACAAGGAGAGCAGAGACCAGCGACGCACACACAGCCAACGUCUCUUGCAACGCCACUGCCUCAAGAUUCCUAUAAUAAUUAUUACCGCAAUGAAAUCAAUAGCAACAGAACGAACAAUGAAGCAACUGCUAUCUUUGCGCCAGUACUCUCAGAAGUUCUCUCAGAGGAUCCCAUGCAGCAGAUUGAAUACCGUGGGACAGGGGCUAGAAUUGAGGACAAUGAAUUUCAGGAUCUGGAUUUGGCUUUCUUGGAUAACUCGAUGAGAGGCACCUGA